GAGGAUGGACCAUUAUCAAUCAAGUUGCCACCGGUCUCUACUGGGUGUCAGUGUCACCAUCGAUCUCUUCUCCACUCCCACAAUUUAGCAGAUUCGAUUGAACCCUCAAAUAAUUGACACUUACUCUGUUCUUCGUUUCAUAGAGGAAAAAGCAUUCGUUGAGAGAUAAUAAAACAGUGAUCUUCGCAAGAUGUCUUGGUUUAGAAAUCUAAUCCAACUCUCCACCAUUAAACGAUCGCCACUCAAACCCACUACAUCCAUAGUCUCACCUUCGCUAACCCAAUUAUUGCAGUUUAGCACAGAGUCCGAAUCGGCCGCCACCAGGCAAGGCGGUUUGGGGCCGACGAAAGGCGACGAGAAGCCCAGGGUGGUGGUGUUGGGCUCGGGCUGGGCUGGGUGUAGACUUAUAAAGGACAUUGAUACGAAGAUGUACGACGUCGUAUGCGUUUCACCGAGGAAUCACAUGGUGUUCACCCCCCUGUUGGCUUCUACUUGCGUGGGCACUCUUGAAUUUCGGUCCGUCGCUGAACCCAUCGGAAGAAUUCAACCGGCGAUAUCGCGGGAACCCGGUUCUUAUUUCUUCCUAGCUAAUUGCACCGGCGUGGAUUUUCAGAACCAUGCGGUGCACUGCCAAACUGUGACUGAUGGAGUAGAUAUCCCAGACCCAUGGAGCUUCAAACUUUCAUAUGAUAAGUUAGUCAUCGCAUCUGGAGCACAGGCUUCUACUUUCGGGAUAAAGGGUGUGAAGGAGCACGCAAUUUUUCUCCGUGAAGUUCAUCAUGCUCAAGAAAUCCGGAGGAAGUUACUAUUAAACUUGAUGCUGUCGGAUGUGCCUGGGGUCAGUGAUGAAGAAAAGCUUAGACUACUUCACUGCGUUGUUGUUGGUGGCGGUCCAACUGGAGUCGAGUUCAGUGGUGAACUUAGUGAUUUUAUCACUAGGGAUGUUCAUCAAAGAUAUGCCCACGUGAAAGAUUAUAUCCGUGUUACAUUGAUUGAGGCAAAUGAGAUAUUAUCUUCCUUUGACGAUCGCCUUCGGCAAUAUGCGACUAAGCAGCUAACCAAGUCGGGAGUUCGUCUUGUCCGUGGCAUUGUCAAGGAUGUUCAACCGCGGAAGAUAAUUCUGACUGAUGGCACAGAUGUUCCAUAUGGCCUGUUAGUGUGGUCUACAGGCGUUGGUCCCUCAGGUUUUGUGAAUUCUCUAGAAGUUCCAAAAUCUCCCUCUGGAAGGAUUGGUGUUGAUGAGUGGCUACGCAUCCCUUCUGUGCAGGAUGUGUUCUCUAUUGGUGACUGCUGUGGGUUUCUGGAAAGUACGGGAAAACCAGUUCUUCCUGCUUUGGCGCAGGUUGCAGAGCGUCAGGGGAAAUAUCUAGCCAAACAAUUGAGCAGGAUUGGUGAAGCUGGUGGCGGUCAUGCUAAUGCAGCAAAAGGCAUGGAACCCGGGGAUCCCUUUGUCUAUAAGCAUUUGGGGAGCAUGGCAACAAUUGGAAGAUACAAGGCUCUAGUGGACCUUAGGCAGAGCAAGGAAGCAAAAGGGCUCGCUCUGGCAGGAUUUACUAGCUGGUUCAUUUGGCGAUCGGCAUAUCUCACACGUGUAAUAAGCUGGAGGAACAGAUUCUAUGUGGCAAUCAACUGGGCCACAACUUUUGUAUUUGGCCGGGAUAUAAGUCGGAUAUAGAUUGAAACACAAAGGAAUCGGCAGUGUCCCCAUUUAAUAGUCUGUUGGUGUUUCCCUGUGUUACUAAUCCAAGGAACAAAUUCAGAACACUUUGGGUUGCGUACACUGUGAUUCGAGCCUCACCAAACAUUGGAGAAGAGGAUAAAAUAGGAAACAAAGGUCAUUUGCUUUCAUUGAGAAGAACAGUGAAGCAUGUUUUGCCAUAGAGAUAAGUAGUUGUAUUCUUUAUUAAUGUUCCUAUAUACCACUUAAAUUUUUUGUGAAAUUGGCUUUUGAUAUUCCUUGAUAUCUUGAAUUGAAAUUUUUGGUGGAUUGUAAUGCAUUUGCUCGGGGUCAGGCUGACAAAUCGUUUUCCACCUGAAGGCCUUGAUAGCAAUAUAGCAAGAAAAGAAAUCCAUAGGAAUUCUUUCAACUUCUGUUUGAAAUCUUGAAUUAAGUCGAACCGGGCAAAUUAGACAUGUAGUU